AUUAAAAGCAGAGUAGUAUAAAUACGUCAAAAGUUGUAGAAAGCCAAAACCAAAAGACAUAUUUAAAGCAACAACGUGAAGCACUUGAAACGAGCACUUGAUACGAAAACGUUAUCAGCGUUUUACGACGCCGUUUUUCGGCGGCGGCUGAGUGUUUUAGUGUUUACAAGUUAACCAAACUAAACCUCUCCAUCUACCCUUUUAUAUUCUCCACAACGCAAGAAACUUGAUAUCGCGUUUUCUCUUAUCAAGAUGAGCAGAAACGUCAGCAGCAGCGUCGGCGUUUGGCAGAGCAAUAACGGCUACUAUGGAUAUGGCUACGGAGGAGGAUACGUGGAGAAGAGACAGCUGUUCCUCAAGAGCUACCAGUUCUCUAGAAAACAAAGCUUAACGGAGAAGAUUAAGAGGUCUGUGAGGAGAGUGGUGAAGAAAGUUGUCUGGAUGAAGUUGAAAUCCGCUCGGCGGAUGAAACGCGUCGUUUGGUCGCGUCUCAAAAUGGCGUUCUUCUACCGCCGUAGACGCUUCUUUCGUCUCCUUCACCCGAACAAACCUUCCUCUUACUGCUUCUACUAAGUCUCUCUUUCUCUUUGUUUCUUUGUUUUGUGUGUGCAUAGUUCGCUGCUUGCUUUAAGAUUAAUUAUGUUGUUAAUUCACUAAAUGAUCUUGUUAUGGAUGCUGGUUAGGCUUGUGUUUAACUUUAUUGUGAUAAAAUCUUCGAUAUUAUUUCAUAGUUUCUGGA